AGGAAAAGGAAUCUCUAUACAAGGCAACUACCAUAACUAAUAUAUACGGAAAUAAAUGCUAAUAAAUGCUAAAUAUUCUCUUUCCUCCUUUACAGAUCGUGUGUGGCCAGCGAAUUUCCCGUCGGCGAUCGCUGAGUACGGGGCGACGCUAGGAGUUUCUUCGGCAGAGGCCGUUUGGUCCUUCAAUUAUUGUUGCAGAGUUUCUUAUUGUUGCUUAUUGUUGCAGUGUUUCUUCAAUUAUUGGAAGAAAACUACGGCACUGCUAUUGGUCUGUUUCUUCAAUUCUUCGGCGUUUCUCCAGCGAUUGUUCUGUUUCUUUGUUGCGGCACUGCUAUUGGUCUCUUUGUUGCUCUUUGUUCUGUUUCUCGUUGAAAAUUGGCAAUGACGUCUACCACGAAGAAAACUCGUUUGAUUCAUGAUCCCUCGUCUGAGUAUUAUCUUCAUCCUUCCGAAGGCCCAGGUAAUGCUCUCACGAAGCAUGUUUUGAAAGGCGAUAAUUUUGAUACAUGGGAGAAAACUAUUGUAAAUGCGUUGAAGGGUCCUAGCAAGGCAGGGUUUUUGUCACCCGUUGGUGUGCCUAAACCUACAGAUCCGAUGGAAAUUGAGGCUUGGGAAGCCAAUAAUUCUAUAAUUUGUAGUUGGAUUUUUAACAGUGUUGAAGAAACAAUUCAACCCAGUAUUGCUUCCCAUACUGUGGUUCAUGAAUUGUGGACAGAUUUGAAGGCGCGCUAUAGCACGGUGAAUGAGCCUCACAUUUACCAACUCGAGAACGAGUUGCAAAAUCUUCGUCAGAAAGGCCAAACUGUGGUCGUUUACUAUAAUCAGUUUGUCACUAUUUGGAAUAAAUUAUAUGGCAUGGAGGAUCCAACUUGCGGUUGCAAGUGUGAAACAGCGGCGUUGUUGAAGGAUCGGGCGGAAAAAUCAAAAACUCGGAAGUUUUUGUUGGGUUUGGAUGAUGAGCAAUUUGGUAGCAUUCGUGGUCAAAUUCUUGGAACUCAACCAUUGGUGGAUCUUAAUAAGGCAUUCUAUUUGAUUACUCAAGAGGAACGACAUAAAAGUGUGGUUCGUGCUCGUGACGAUCACACGGAUGCUUUGGCAUUUGCGGCCCCACGGACGACACCAAACCCGUAUCAAUGCACUCAUUGCGGAAAAUCGGGACAUACGGUUGACAGGUGUUAUAUGAUCAAUGGCUUUCCGAAUACCGGAAGAGGGCGUGGUCGUCAUUCUUUUGAUCGAGGGGGAGGUCGCGGCGGUAACCGUGGUGGCCGGACAGCUUCCCAGACAGCGCCCACUGCCGUGGGUACUGCCGCCGGCCAGCAUGGCAGCAACACAGGACCUUCGGCCCAUGCAGCAGCUGAAGCACCGCCAUCCCUCUCCGCUUUAUCACCUGAUCAAGUUGCCCGGUUAUUUUCUAUGCUAGAAUCACCGCCUUCUACUUCCGACCGUUUGCAAGGACCGAAACUUCGAAGACGCAGAUUGGACGAUGUGAAGUGCGCAAUGGAGUUUAUGUCUUUCCUUCUUUCACCCGGGCAUCCAAAGCCGAAUCAGUCUCUCUUUUGCAUCAGCGUCUUGGUCACCCGUCACCUCAACCGGGACGUUUCGUUUGAUGAAACGGUUUUCCCGUUUGCAUUGUCCUCUAAAUCAUCCACGCCUCCCGUCGUCGAAUCCACCACCCACGCUGAUUUCCCGACCACCGCACCCACUGCCGAAACCAGUCCCGCCGUUACACCGAUCCCUACGGCGUCCCCGUCAUCCUCCGGGCAGUCUUCUCCUCAUUCCCAUAGCGAUGGCGAGUCUGACCCGGACAGUCCGCCUUCGCCUGUUCGUCCCAUUCGUGAUCGGCGACCUCCUACACGGUUGUCCGAUUACUACUGUCAUACCGCCCGGACGUCUACUCCAAUUGUUCCUCACAUUGUCUCGUCUAAAUCUUCAGGUACGCGAUAUCCUAUCCACAAUUUUGUUCAUUAUGAGAAAUUACAUGACAGGUUGGCAGAUCCCGUGACGGUCGACCGUUUCCCUGGGACGGUCGACCGUUGUUCCUUUCUCCACGUCCGCUGUUGUAUCCACGUCCAGGUGACGGUCGACCGCGGUAGCCUCCUCUACCGCGACCUCGACCGUUUGUAGCGAGAAGUGCUGUGCGAGGUUCGGUGAUGGUAGACUCGGUGAGGCUGAGUUUAUUCUCCAUCUCCAGGUUUAUUUCUUCGGAGAUCAGCCAUCCAGAAAGCUGAUUUAACGAAAUAUUGGUAUUGUUCAUGCGAAUGUUUUGCUUAAAGGAUGAGUAUUCGGUGGGAAGACCACGAAUAACAGCAUUCACCACAU